UUACUUGAUUUGCCUGGUAUCAUCGAAGGUGCAAAAGAUGGUAAAGGACGCGGAAGACAAGUUAUCGCAGUUGCGAGGACUUGUAGUUUAAUAUUUAUCGUUCUGGAUGUAUUGAAACCGCUUGGCCACAAGAGAUUAAUCGAACACGAAUUGGAAGGUUUUGGACUUCGUUUAAACAAACAACCUCCGAACAUUACUUUCCGCAAGAAGGAUAAAGGUGGCAUUAAUUUUCAAACCACGUGUGCACAAUCAGAACUUGACUUAGAAACAGUGAAGAGUAUUCUAUCUGAAUAUAGAAUACACAAUGCGGAUAUUACUUUACGAUACGAUGCCACAUCUGACGAUCUAAUCGACGUCAUCGAGGGAAAUCGUGUCUACAUACCGUGUAUUUAUUUGCUCAAUAAAAUAGAUCAAAUUAGUAUCGAAGAACUAGACAUCAUUUAUAAAAUACCGCAUUGCGUACCGAUUUCUGCUCAUCACAAGUGGAACUUCGAUGAUCUCCUUGAAAAAAUGUGGGAGUACUUACAGUUGGUUAGAAUCUAUACGAAACCAAAGGGACAGUUACCAGACUACAAUUCCCCGGUAGUAUUGAACAGGGAGAAACGAACGGUCGAAGACUUUUGUAAUAAACUACAUCGAUCUAUCGCAAAAGAACAAUCCAAAAUCUUGAUAUGAAUGUUAUCAGUGUUUUGUUUUGUUUGUUUAAAAGUGUUUUGUUUCAAUGUAAUUUGAAACAAAAAUUAGGAAAAUAUCUAAAUAUAAAAGUUUGUGCUUUGGAUCAAUGA